AGCAAGCAGAUGUCUGGGGCGCCGAGAGAUGAGCCUGACCCUGGGCAGGGCGGGGGGGCCAAACGCCUGACUCCUCAGGGCUGGGAAGGCGGGGGUCUGGUGAGGAAGUGUGCGGGGGGAGCGCUCCCAUUGUCUGAAACCGCGCGCCCCCUUCUCUGCUCCCCGUAGCCUCACUCCGGACCUCUCCCGGCCCCGGGGGGCUCCGCCCGCCCUACGGGCACGAGGGUCCGCCCGGAUCCCGCUCCGGCCCCUCCUUUCCCCCUCCCUCCCGAACAGCCUUCACUUCCCCUCGGAGCCUCGGCGUCUGACCCGGGCUCCUUUAUCCACUACUAGUAACCGAGGGCUAAGGGGGGGUCCGUCUCCUGCCUGGGGCGUGAGCGCAUCCUAGCGGCGGCCGGCCGCGAGGAGGCUAAGGGGAGCACGGGCGGGGGGGGCGGGGGGGGGGGGUCGGAGUCGGUCGGGGAAGACUACAGGUGGUUUUGGGGGGAUUGUGGGAGGUCCCAGCUUUCUCCCCAGUGAAUCCCGCGUUGGAUUCAGAAUGGAAUUAAAAUCUCCGACAGACGGAGACCAGGAGGGGAUAGCCGGAUCCCGAGGAGCCCUGAAACCCCGACCCUUUCCUGGCUUUUCUCAGCCUCUCGGCUCUCCUUUUGGCAGGUGGAAGAGUUAAACGGAGAAAGGGAGAGCGCAGAGGCGUGCGGCUGGGAUGGGGACCCCGGGGGAGGGGCUUGGCCGAUUUUCCCACGCCCUGAUCCGGGGGGUCCCGGAAAGCCUGGGCAAAGAGGAGGAAGGAAUAGCGGUUGGUCUCCCGCCUCUGGACCUGGCGAAGGCACAGCGAGAACAUGGAGUGUUGGGGGGGAAACUGAGGCAGCGCCUGGGCCUUCAGCUGUUGGAAUUGCCCCCUGAAGAACAACUGCCCCUUGGACCCCUGCUGGGAGACACAGUUGUGAUCCACGGAGAUACAGCCCUCAUCACCCGACCCUGGAGCCCUUCUCGGCGGCCAGAAGUCGAUGGAGUCAGAAGAGCCCUGCAGGACCUGGGACUAAGGAUUGUAGAGCUCAAAGAUGAGAACGCCACCCUGGAUGGGACCGAUGUACUGUUCACAGGCCAUGAGUUUUUCGUGGGCCUCUCUAAGUGGACCAACCACCGAGGAGCUGAAAUGGUUGCUGACACAUUCAGGGACUUUGCUGUUUCCACUGUGCCCGUUUUAGGCUCUUCCCAUUUACGAGGGCUCUGCGGAAUGGGAGGGCCCCGGACCGUUGUAGCCGGCAGCAGUGAAGCGGCGCAGAAAGCUCUGAGGGCUAUGGCAGCGCUGACCGAUCACCCCUACUCCUCCCUUACUCUCCCCGACGACGCUGCAGCAGACUGCUUAUUUCUGAGGUCCGGACUCCCAGAGGCUUCUCCUUUCCUGCUGCAUCGCGGGUGUGGGGACUUGCCUAACAGCCAGGAGGCGUUGCAGAAACUACCUGAUGUGACUCUUGUUCCAGUGUCUUGCUCCGAGCUAGAGAAGGCCGGGGCAGGGCUCAGCUCCCUUUGCCUCUUCCUCAAUACCCGCCCCCACAGCUAAGAGAUCUCCAAAUGUGGAAUCAGUAAAGUAGGAAGACUAGAAAAGGAAAGAUUAGUUUCCCUGUGGGAUGAGAAGUAGAAGAAGCUAGGUGUGGGGUAGGAGCCAGGGUCUGGGGCGGGACUGCGUGGGAAAAGGGAUCAUAUCCCUGAUAAUAAAAUGGAACCAACCUUUUAGACUUCA